AUGGAACAAAUAAAGAAGGAGAUCGAGGCGGAUCCUUACGCGGCUUUAUUCGGGAGGAGACUUGAACCAUUCAAGUCUUCGGGCAAGCAUGAGAAUAUUUUCUCUUCCUUGUUUCAGUCCUUUUUCGGUCAUGGGUCAAAGGCAGAAGCUGAGCCUAAGGCGACUGAUACGACUGCGCGCGUGAAGACUGAUGUUGUGCAUUCAUCAGAUCCUCAGCCCAGUGACAAACAGUCAGCAAGCCUCAAAAACGAGGUCAAUACAUAUGAGGAGCUGGCGAAGGAUGAUAUUGGAGAGAAGGAGUUUGAUCCAAUUACUGGCCGCAUGGUCCGGAAGAAGGGGGAAGCUUGUGAGAGGUCUCGGAAUAUCAAACACACCGAAACUCCCAGUUCAACGAUUCAUUCGAACACAAUUCAAAGUGACGAUGCUCAGAGUGCUGGCUUCCUCUCCCCGGUAGAUCGCUCAGAAGUAAAAUCAGACGCAAAAGGGGUUACAGAGGUUGGAUCCCAUGAAAAUACCGUGCAAUCUGGAAGUGCCGAUGACCCAAGUCUUCAAAAUAACACACAAGGACCAGGCGAAUCCGCGUCUCGCAGCAACAAGUUUCCUGCGAAGCCAGGAAAUUUCGAUGAAAACAAGCUCAAAGACCCAGCUGAGCCUCAGGACGAAUCCACGGCUUUUGCAAAGGCAGUACUGUCAUCUGGAACAACUAACGAGCCAUUACCAAUUUGCCAUGCUCGUUUAGAGACUCACGAUGUGCCUGACUCUGCAGCCAGCCAUCAGAAUGAACGGUCCUCAAGCGUCCCCACGAAAACAAUAAAUCCACGAGUUACGCCACAUAUGACACCCGACGAGCUUAAACAGCAGGAAGAGUGGGUUACGCAAGCAGAAAAGGCUGAAGAUUUGGAUAUUCUGCGCGCCAGUGACAUUCGCACACCCUACGAGCUGAAGAACAAGGAUCAGGAUUCUGAAGGUCAAUUAAGGGAAAAGCGGCGCAAGUUGGACCUUGCUUUUGAGUUGGCCGAAGACCCAGUCAAAGAUCUAGAUGCUCAAAGCAUUCGAGAGAAGUACAAAAUCUAUGAUUCUUUUGAAUCAAAGGAGACGGUUUCGAAGACACCUGAAUUAUCAAAGCCUCAGUUGCGCUCGCAGAGUUCAAUGACUGCAAGUACCUCCAUUCCUCGUGUUCAAGAAGGCUAUCACAACGUAAGGGUUGAUCCAGAUCAUGAAGCCGAGGAGCAGUACAAUCAGGAUCAAGUCUCUUCAAAUGAUCCUUGGGCAACAGCAACAUAUCGUGUUCUUGUAUAUGACCCCUCUACCUUGCGGAUAAUGGAAGCAGAGACGAGCUCCUCACUGCAGCCGACGGAUAAGCUGCUUUCACCCGCGGAAGUCCUUUCUCGUUUGAGCCAUCCUGCGAAGUUCGUGCCGUACCUUGCUAAAAUGCACAACGACGGGUAUGAAAUUGUCUCUGGCGGCGAGGAUAUCAUUGUCUUUAGACAGGCUUCCGAGAGUGGCUCAGUUAUGCGUUCAAAGAUCCCAAGCCGUGGUGGUCUAGCAGGACAACUGGCUUCCACUCAGUCAGAACAUGAUAAAAAUCUCCGAGCGGCGACUGGUCCUUCUGACUUGUCUCCCAAUCCGGCCAUUGCAAGCACUGCUGAAGCUUCAAAGGAUACUGAUCAUGCGAAGGCUUGGUCCAGAGUUCGAACAGCUCUUCGUAGAAUGCUCAUCAGUGGUGUAGCGACGGCGGGAACAUGCUACGCUAUUGGUGUUGUUGUCGAGUAUUUUCGCACCGGGGGGCAAGACGGACUGGGUAUUGAUGGAUUCACCGAGUUUGAGUCUGAAAGGCGUCGCAGAGACCGAGAGUAG